UCAGGUCAGGGAAAGAAAGAGAAGGAGCUUCGUUCAGUGAUGUUGGCAAUGGCGCGCGUAGGCAGCACUCUCUUCACUUCCACAGCUUUGGCCCCAAAUCUCGCCGUGAAACAACCCAAGCGGAGUCCGCCACCAGUGAGGUGCUCGUCGUUCUCGCCGCCGUCCACUUGGCGGGAGAGUCGACGAUUGGUCUCCAUCUCCAUUCUUCUCUCUCCCUUGCUCCUUAUCCCUAAUCACGCCAUUGCAGCUAGCUUUAUGGAUAAAUAUGUGAAAAGGAAAAAGCUUGAUCCUUUGGAGGCUUAUGUACCAGCUGUUAUAUUGAGCCAAUUUCAAAUCAGGGACUUGGAAAAAACAUUGGAAGCAGAUGAACCUCAGUAUGAUUCUUGUCGAUCUCUACUUCGUUCUGGCCCUGCUGGGUCGCUUCGCAUAAAUAUUCGUGCGGUAGCACAAUAUGCUUCAGAAAGUGGAAAUGGUAAAACUGCUUCUGACGACGUUGAUCAAUGUCUCAGGGCAUUGGAGGAACUCGACUCCUUACUUCUGCACGCCUCAAGAAAAGACCCAGGAGCUUCAGUCAAGUCAAUGAAGGCACAGAUUAUCGUUGCUCUUGAUUCACUGGAAGGGCUCCUCAAAACUGUGCCUCCAGAUGUGUUGGAUAAAGGGAAAGCCAUUGCAGAUUCUUAUAGGAACUUAGAUGAAGAACCAGAUAGUCAGGUCAUCGACCCGGAAUUGAAGCAGCUCGAAUCAAUUUUGUGAAUUUGUAAGUGAAGAUUGACCUAUUGUACAUGAAAUACAGUCUUUAAUAUCUGUUCAAAACCAAACUACCUAUGGCUCGUGAGAGUUUUUUUCCUAUAAAUAUAUAUAUAUAUAUAUAUAUUUGUAUUGUAUUAUGCAUGCAUUUUCCCAAGCUGUUACAUUCUACCCAACACUCUCUCUGUGUACAUAUAGUUAUAAUUUAUAGAUGAAUUUUCCACGUGUUUUUUGUCUUA